CUUUUCGGGUUUUAGGGUUCUUCGAUGCCGGGAUGGAGGGCGCACUGCCCGGGGCGAUUCCGUGGCCUGCGCCGUGGAAGCUUUGUAUCGCUGGCUGGAGCAAUCAACCGGCGAUCGACGAAUGCGCUCCAUUUUCAUCGAUUUUGCGUCAGAUGCCUGUGGACACACAACGAGGAGGGCGAUUGGAAGCCCACGCGAUUGAAAUGGAGGAUUGUGGUUUCGUAUGACGGCACUCGUUUCUCUGGGUGGCAGUACCAGCCGGAUUUUCCAACCGUCCAAGGAUUGAUCGAGGAUGCACUGACAAAGCUAACGCGUUACACCCGAGAAGAGCUCCUCAUGGCGGCCGCAAGUAGGACGGAUGCUGGAGUUCACGCUCUGGGCCAGGUCGCGCAUUUCCAUUCUCCUGCUUGUAUCGGCGACUUGAGCCGGAUCCAUCGGGGCCUAAACGGCACGCUUCCUCACGAGAUUCGUGUUCGUGAAAUCUCUCCAGCGAAAUCUAGCUUUCACGCCCAGGCUUGUGCUCGGACAAAGAGGUACCAGUACAAACUUUUUGUGGCUCCGGUCAUGGAUCCACUCUUGCGCUUGUACGCUUACCACGUACCUGAGAGGCUCGACGUUGCUGCUAUGGCGGAAGCUUGCGGCUACUUCGUUGGGAAGCACGACUUCUCGACGUUUAGCAACUCAUCGACGCUCCGGCCCCUGCAAAAUCCCGUUCGAGAGAUCUUGCGUUUCGAUCUGCUGGAGCAGGGUCCAGUUCUUUGCUUCGAAAUCGAAGGCACGGGAUUCUUCCACAAGCAAAUAAGAAACAUGGUGGGAUUGAUCGUUGCGAUCGGCAAAGGAGAGCACGAGGCUCGAGUGAUUCCAGAGCUCUUGGCUAUGAAAGAUCGCCAAAAACUAGCUAGAGUUUCUAUCACUGCUCCCUCCCGAGGACUCACGCUUGUCUCCGUCCACUACGACCAAAGCGAUCUUGACUUGCCGGAAAAUCUACUGUGUAGAAAGUAAAACGAAGAAUAUGCUUCGAAUUUUUUAAAGUUCUUGACAAGAAAUCCCGGAGCUUGCAUCACUCCCGCGCUCGGCAUGCAAGGCGCCAUUGAAGAGCGCCAGCAUCGCAACCCAAUUCACCCCUUCUCGAUGCAGCCAUGAAGUAGCGUCUGGCUGGAAGGUUGUUGGGGCU